CAACAUAGCAGCAAAUCAGAACAAUGAAUCCAGAUGAUGGGUUGAUAUCAAAUGAUACUGGUGGAGGAAUCAAGUGGAGUGCGGAGACCUUAACCAUAAUCGUCUCCGUAGGCCUGUUUGCCUUCUUCUCCUUCUUAGUUGCUCUUGUGACCCUUUGCUGCGCGGAUCCUAAGCCCAAUAACUCCUCCCUGUCGUCGGCAAAGGCUGCGCGGUCGCCGGAAGGGAAGAUCAGCUUUUCGGGACAGACUGAGAUUGUUGUGAUCAUGGCCGGAGAAGAGCACCCAACGCAUCUCGCCAAACUGGCGACUCCUCCUACUUCUUGCACUCCUCUGCCUUUGUGAAGAAGUUACAAGUUUUGAGAAAAUGGUUUUCUUAACGAAAAAUAUAACGAUUUUAAGGUGGUUCCAUAUGUGGAUUAUGUUAGAUUUUUUUGUUAGAGUUCGGGUUAGAAAGAAAGAACAGGGCUAUCGCCUGUGAGGCUUUGUAACAAUUCUGUUUUUGGAAUUCUUUAGUUGAAUAAGUGACUCUCUUUUAAGAAAAAUUCACUCUUUCUUCUCAAUGAAUAAACAUUUGCCAU